UUGAGCAAACUACUAACUACCAAAACCAGCCAUAUACCUUAUGAUGUGUUUCUCUUUCUCUCUAAUCUUCAACAAUUAAUUUUUAAUUAGCAUGGAAAAUAAAUUGAUUAACAGAACAACCCUGUUUUUCCUUCUUUUUAGCAUCUUGUUAAUCCUUCAAUUCCAACAUGUAACCUCUGAUGAAGGUGGCCAAAAUGUUGCACAAGAUUAUCCAGGAAAACCACUCUUUUCCAAGAUAUUGAUGGACACUGUUUCUCUUCUCAGAAAAUCACAUGAAAGUUCUUGGGAGAAAAUCAAAACUGUCAUCCAUGAUCUUCAGAUGCAGUUUUCACCACCAACUUUGGAUUUCAGGGGUGCUGGAAAUGCAGAACAUGAUGGUAUGAAAGAAGCAGUUGGGAAAAGUUUCGACAAAAGCAAAGAAUCAGUUAAAGAAACUGCUAAAACAGCAGCAGAACUUGUUGGAGAUGCAAUUCAUAAGACAACAGAAAAAGUGAAAGAUAGUUCUGAAACUGACAAGGAAUCUAAAGCAGAACUUUGAUCAAAAUAGUUAUUUUUUUUUUCUUGUUCUUAUUUUAGGGACAUUUUAAUCAAAAUUCAAAGCUGUUGUUGUAGGAGAUUGCUAUCUUUGUAUUGUAUGAAACAAGUUCUUUGUUUGUUUCAUACCUUUUCCUAAUUUCGACCAAUACAUGGAAGAAUGUUAAAAAAAUGUUCCCUCAAUACUACUAUAUAAUAGCAAUUCAAUGAAUAUUGUAACAUUUUUUCAUCCUAUGCUUUUAAUAAAAAAACAUGUUAACAUGCAACAUAAAUUUACCUCUACAUCUUUCUCUUUCCCUUAUGGUUCAACAACAUUUGUCCUUCAACUUUCAGUUUAUG